AUGUACUUUCAGUUGUUCAUUCAUUAUAAUUAUCAAGACAGACAGACAGUUCCUCAGUGUCAAAACAUAUGCUACCUCAAUUUAAGCAGCUGGACUGUGUCUUCGUUCAAGCUUUUAUUGAUUUUUGUUUCUUUGCUUUCUUUGGCAGGUGACAUCACACAGAAGGGCUAUGAAAAGAAGAGAUCAAAAUUAAUUGGGGCCUACUUGCCACAACCUCCGGCGGCGAAUGGAGCUGCCGCAGUACGGUGCAGACUACAGCACAGUGAAGGGGCCGCGAGGAGGAGGCUCCGCACUGGCAACAUUGGGGUCUGUGACAUCCGGGAAGCAGCAGCUAGAGAGCGCACCGCACCGCACAGCACAGCGGCCAACCGGCCUCUCUUUUACUUUCGCUUUGGAGUAGAUCAAGCACUGCCUCAAGAACGCAGAACGCCCGUCACGCCUUCCUCCUCCUCUCGCUACCACCGCCGCAGGUCCUCAGGAUCACGUGAUGAGCGCUAUCGGUCAGAUGUUCAUACGGAAGCAGUCCAGGCAGCUCUUGCAAAACAUAAAGAAAGGAAGAUGGCAGUGCCUAUGCCAUCCAAGCGACGUUCAUUGGUGGUCCAAACAUCAAUGGAUGCCUACACACCUCCAGAUACCUCAUCUGGGUCGGAAGAUGAAGGAUCCGUACAGGGUGAUUCCCAGGGAACUCCCACCUCAAGCCAAGGGAGUAUAAACAUGGAACACUGGAUCAGCCAAGCAAUCCAUGGCUCUACCACAUCUACGACGUCUUCAUCUUCAACGCAAAGCGGUGGCAGUGGCGCUGCUCAUAGGCUAGCUGAUGUAAUGGCACAAACACAUCUAGAAAAUCAUUCCGCACCUCCAGAUGUUACCACUUACACCUCAGAACACUCAAUACAAGUUGAAAGACCACAAGGUUCGACAUCAAGGGUGGCACCAAAAUAUGGAAACGCUGAACUUAUGGAAACUGGUGAUGGAGUUCCAGUAAGUAGCAGAGUGUCGGCAAAAAUUCAGCAGCUAGUCAACACCCUAAAACGACCCAAACGACCUCCAUUGCGAGAGUUUUUUGUAGAUGAUUUCGAAGAAUUGUUAGAAGUUCAACAGCCAGACCCAAACCAACCAAAGCCAGAGGGAGCUCAGAUGUUGGCAAUGCGUGGAGAACAGCUGGGCGUGGUUACGAAUUGGCCUCCAUCUCUUGAAGCAGCGUUGCAACGAUGGGGAACCAUCUCUCCAAAAGCUCCUUGCCUAACCACUAUGGACACCAAUGGAAAACCACUAUAUAUUCUCACUUACGGCAAACUCUGGACCCGUAGUAUGAAGGUUGCAUACAAUAUACUGCAUAAAUUGGGCACAAAGCAAGAACCGAUGGUACGGCCAGGAGACAGGGUAGCGCUAGUAUUUCCCAACAAUGAUCCUGCUGCCUUUAUGGUAGCAUUUUAUGGCUGCUUGCUUGCAGAAGUUGUCCCUGUUCCUAUUGAAGUGCCACUUACCAGAAAGGGGACUCCUCCUUCUGUCUGGAUUUUCAUAGAAGCCAAACCAAAUGAGAGCUCAUUUCUGAAGACUUUUCUUGCAAAAGAUGCAGGAAGCCAACAGAUAGGCUUCUUGCUUGGAAGCUGUGGUGUAACUGUGGCCUUGACUAGUGAUGCGUGCCAUAAAGGGCUGCCUAAGAGCCCCACGGGGGAAAUACCACAAUUUAAAGGUUGGCCCAAGCUGCUAUGGUUUGUCACAGAAUCAAAACACCUUUCAAAACCUCCUCGAGACUGGUUCCCACAUAUCAAAGAUGCAAACAAUGACACAGCUUACAUUGAGUACAAAACGUGUAAAGAUGGAAGCGUGCUCGGCGUGACGGUGACAAGAAUUGCACUGCUGACCCAUUGUCAAGCUCUCACGCAGGCCUGUGGAUACACAGAAGCUGAAACCAUUGUGAAUGUAUUAGAUUUCAAGAAGGACGUAGGCUUGUGGCAUGGGAUUCUCACAAGUGUUAUGAACAUGAUGCAUGUCAUAAGCAUCCCAUAUUCCUUAAUGAAAGUGAACCCACUUUCGUGGAUACAAAAAGUAUGCCAGUACAAAGCGAAAGUGGCUUGUGUAAAAUCCAGGGAUAUGCACUGGGCAUUAGUAGCACAUAGAGAUCAACGGGAUAUCAACCUUUCUUCACUCCGAAUGUUAAUAGUAGCUGAUGGCGCCAAUCCAUGGUCUAUUUCUAGUUGUGAUGCAUUUCUUAAUGUCUUCCAAAGCAAAGGUCUGAGACAAGAAGUUAUCUGUCCUUGUGCUAGUUCACCAGAGGCUCUAACAGUGGCUAUUAGAAGGCCAACAGAUGAUAGCAAUCAACCACCAGGCAGAGGGGUCUUGUCUAUGCAUGGUCUUACCUAUGGUGUUAUUAGAGUAGAUUCUGAAGAAAAACUUUCUGUGCUAACUGUGCAAGAUGUUGGCUUGGUGAUGCCGGGAGCCAUCAUGUGUGCAGUGAAGCCAGAUGGAGUGCCCCAGCUCUGUCGAACAGAUGAAGUGGGUGAGCUCUGUGUGUGCGCUAUUGCAACUGGUACAUCUUAUUAUGGACUUUCUGGAAUGACCAAAAACACGUUUGAGGUGUUCCCCAUGACCAGUUCAGGCGCGCCAAUAAGUGAAUAUCCAUUUAUAAGAACUGGCCUGCUUGGCUUUAUUGGUCCAGGUGGACUUGUGUUUGUCGUUGGCAAAAUGGACGGCCUCAUGGUUGUCAGUGGACGAAGGCACAACGCAGAUGACAUUGUCGCCACAGCAUUGGCAGUGGAACCAAUGAAGUUUGUCUACAGGGGGAGAAUAGCAGUGUUUUCAGUGAGUGUCCUUCAUGAUGAGAGGAUAGUUAUUGUGGCUGAGCAGAGGCCAGACUCUACAGAAGAAGACAGCUUUCAGUGGAUGAGCAGAGUGCUGCAGGCGAUAGACAGUAUACAUCAAGUGGGUGUUUACUGCCUCGCGCUGGUGCCCGCAAACACACUCCCAAAGACACCUCUAGGUGGAAUCCACUUAUCAGAAACGAAACAGCUGUUCCUGGAAGGAGCAUUGCAUCCCUGUAAUGUGCUGAUGUGUCCACACACCUGUGUAACAAACCUGCCUAAACCAAGACAAAAACAGCCAGAAAUUGGCCCUGCCUCUGUGAUGGUGGGGAAUCUGGUCUCUGGAAAAAGAAUUGCGCAGGCAAGUGGCAGAGACUUGGGGCAAAUAGAAGAUAACGAUCAAGCCAGAAAGUUCCUAUUUCUUUCAGAAGUCUUACAGUGGAGGGCGCAAACGACUCCUGACCAUGUGCUUUACACAUUACUAAAUUGUAGGGGUACAAUAGCAAACUCUUUAACAUGUGUUCAGCUGCAUAAACGAGCUGAAAAGAUAGCAGUUAUGUUGAUGGAAAGGGGACACUUACAAGAUGGUGAUCAUGUUGCUUUAGUCUACCCACCAGGCAUAGAUCUGAUUGCUGCAUUUUACGGGUGCUUGUACGCAGGCUGCGUGCCAAUAACAGUGCGACCUCCACAUCCACAGAACAUUGCGACAACGUUGCCUACUGUGAAGAUGAUUGUGGAGGUGAGUCGGUCUGCCUGCUUAAUGACAACGCAGUUAAUAUGUAAAUUGUUACGGUCGCGAGAGGCAGGAGCAGCUGUGGAUGUCAGAACGUGGCCCCCUAUAUUAGACACAGAUGAUUUGCCAAAGAAGCGGCCUCCUCAGAUCUACAAACCUUCUAACCCUGACACCCUGGCUUAUCUUGAUUUCAGUGUAUCCACAACUGGAAUGCUAGCAGGGGUGAAGAUGUCUCAUGCAGCCACGAGUGCCUUCUGUCGUUCUAUUAAGCUACAGUGUGAGCUUUAUCCUUCUAGAGAAGUUGCUAUCUGUUUGGACCCUUACUGUGGACUUGGGUUUGUCCUUUGGUGCCUCUGUAGCGUUUAUUCGGGACACCAGUCUAUUUUGAUUCCUCCCUCAGAACUGGAGACCACGCCUGCUCUCUGGCUCCUGGCUGUGAGUCAGUACAAAGUGAGAGACACCUUCUGCUCCUAUUCUGUCAUGGAACUUUGUACAAAGGGUCUUGGUUCACAAACAGAAUCUCUCAAGGCAAGGGGACUGGACCUCUCAAGAGUGCGGACAUGUGUGGUUGUGGCAGAAGAACGGCCCAGAAUAGCUCUAACACAGUCUUUCUCAAAGCUUUUUAAGGACCUGGGCCUACACCCCCGGGCUGUCAGCACAUCGUUUGGCUGCAGAGUUAACCUGGCUAUCUGUUUACAGCCACACAGGCUGGGGAAACUGGCCGAGCAGGGAACCUCUGGGCCAGAUCCAACCACUGUAUAUGUUGACAUGAGGGCCCUUAGACAUGACAGAGUGCGUUUAGUAGAACGAGGAUCCCCUCAUAGUUUGCCCCUCAUGGAAUCAGGAAAGAUCCUCCCCGGAGUUCGUAUCAUUAUUGCUAAUCCGGAAACAAAGGGGCCCUUGGGAGAUUCUCAUCUUGGCGAGAUAUGGGUUCAUAGUGCUCAUAAUGCGAGUGGCUACUUUACUAUCUAUGGUGAUGAAUCCUUGCAAUCGGACCAUUUCAACUCGAGACUUAGUUUUGGGGACACUCAAACCAUCUGGGCAAGGACCGGCUACUUAGGAUUCUUACGAAGAACGGAACUGACAGAUGCAAAUGGGGAGCGACACGAUGCACUUUAUGUGGUAGGUGCACUAGAUGAAGCCAUGGAACUGCGAGGAAUGAGGUAUCACCCCAUAGAUAUUGAGACAUCUGUAAUUAGAGCACAUAAAAGCAUUACAGAAUGUGCGGUCUUUACCUGGACAAAUUUGUUGGUUGUUGUUGUGGAGCUGGAUGGAUCAGAACAAGAAGCCUUAGACCUGGUUCCUUUGGUCACCAAUGUGGUCCUGGAGGAGCAUUAUCUGAUUGUAGGCGUGGUGGUGGUGGUGGACGUUGGUGUAAUCCCUAUCAACUCCCGUGGAGAGAAACAACGUAUGCAUCUACGAGAUGGAUUUUUGGCAGACCAACUAGACCCCAUCUAUGUGGCCUACAACAUGUAGUCUUGUGUCUUUAAGGCUUCCAUGAACUUCACUCUAGAUGUAUAAAACAUUUUUUGACAUACACUAAAAAUGUGCUGAUAAGAAAGGGACGCUCUUCAGAACGAAACUAUUUCUAUUAGGACUCACUGAGGCGCUCAUUAUUAGCAGGACAAAUAAUGUGAAAUUGUGUUUCUUUUACCACUACAUUUUAGCACAGAAGGACUUUGGGGUACUACCUUCAGUUUGUUGGAAAGCCCAUUAUUAGACUUUUUAAAAAAAGAUUAUUUUUUGCUUAUUGGGAUGAUACUGCUUUCUAAGUAAUAUGGCUUUGUAUUUUAUGUUAAACUGAAGUAGCUAAUUUUUUUUUUAAAUCUGCCCUCCAAGUGGAUAUUUUUGAACACAUCAUAAUAUGACUGAAUUGUUUUGGUUUACUUGUUUUUAAAUGUCCAUAAACAAUCUUUUCCAAAAUGGCUCCAUUACUAAUUUUAAGCCAUUUUGUAUUCCAUUGUCUUAGAAGACGACAUUGAGGUACGAGGAAAAUACUCAAAACAGCACCUUCUCAAAUUAGAGUUUUUAACAGCUUUCUCUCCUGGAAAUGCUGAAAGUACAAAGGUGAAACGAACCUUUGAUUAUUAGUGUUAGAAUGAACAGAAAUUUAUAAAUAAGGUGUAUUUCGGCAAUGAACUUGCAGAUAUCUUUGUACUAAACUAAAAAGAUAAAAUAAGUUAACUACUUCUGUAAUUAUGUACAAAACCUUUAAUUUAUUUUGAUCUCUUUAGAAGUAUAAAAGAGAAACAUUCAAGAAUAUUAAGCUCUUGUAAUGUUUGCUAAUAUAAAAACAAAAGGGGUUGUAUUAUCUUGAGUGGAUAGUAUCACAUCGAAUAUAUAUAUAUGAAAUAUAAAUUCACUAAUGACAGAAAAGAUUUUAAAGUUUUAAAAGGAUGCAGUACUCAUCACUUGCAUGGUGUCUCUUUUCCCACUGUAGAUAAUCAAACAUUAUUCACAAACUUUUAAGGGGGAAAAAAAGCAGUCCUGGAUUUCCUAAGCAUCCCUGUCUAAAAAGAUUUUUUUUUCUGGAUACCAGCAAGUGAGAUCACUGUGCUUGCCUGCAAGGCAGUGAGUGAAUUUUUAAGGUCGCCAUCCUGCCAGCCAGCAUGCACAGAGUAUAAGGCUGUCGAGUGGUUCCUGCAGAGCCUUAGGGCCAUUCCUCCCGUUUUUCCACCAGCUCUCUCUCUCUCUCUCUGUGUCCAGAUGCUCUUCCAGGCCUGUUCCACCGCUGAGUUUUAUCGACAGCCCUCCCAUAUUGACGUCUCCCACAGCCUGUUGCCUUUCUGUUUCGAGAGCCUCCUCUCUGUGGCUCUGCUCCUUGGGUUUCUCUGUUCAAGGAGCUGGGACAACAAUUGAAGGAAUGCUGGCGAGGAGGCCACGCGAAGCCUUCUCCUGCUGCUUUCCGACAGCUUGAAAGAGCAGGGGUGGAAGCCAAUAUGGAUGCUACUGGGAGACGGGCGCCAGGAGCAGGGGCCUGUGGGAGCCCUUCCACACCCUGCUCUCUGUGCACCCGACAAUGUAGGAGUUGCUUUUGCGGCCAAAGACUUUUUAACAGUGCACUACGAAGGAUUCUUUUCUUUACCGUGGAGGUGACAGUAAAUAUUUGUGCCGGCAUGUAUGUUCAUACACUUCUUAGACUUUAGAAGAGUCGUUUUUUGAAGAAUAGCACUGUUUUUCAUAGCUGCAUAAUAUUGUUGCACAGAAUUUUGUCAUAAUUUUUUUCUAAGUUGAUGUUUUGUUGUUGUUUUUUUAAAAAAACCAUUUUUGGUGGUCCUUUUGAACGAGAAUUUUCAUUUUUUUUUUUAAUCGAUUUGCCUUCUCCACUGGCUUGUCUUUACUUUGGUCAGAGGGGAGGGCACAAAGCCAUCCACUUUGACACUUAGUAGAAAGUUGUUUUUUAAUAGGCUCUCUUAUAGCGCAUUGUUAUUGGGGGAGUCAUCGAAAAGCCGCUCUAAACUUAUCUGGCACAGCCGGGUGCAACUGCUAACAUGUCCUGAUGCCAAACAUAGGAGCUGAAAUUGGUGCUGCAAGUUAAUGCCACCCUUCAGUUCCAAAGGGAAUCUGCUCACAGAAGAACAACAGAAAAAUGCGUGGAUCACAGAUGCCUUUUGUUUCUUUUUGAAAUCUUGUUCUCGUUAGGUAAAGUGAAUCUUCUGAUUCUAGUUCUUUCAUUAUAUUUCUUUUCUUUUUUUUAAUGCUGAUGUUGGUUUUAUCCCUGUGUAACCUGGUUGACUAGUGUCUGAUCUGAGAAGGGUAAAGCUUAAGCAGGAGCAGUCCAAGAAUGCUUUUUUUAAAAAAAGAAGAAGAAAAGAUUCAAAAUAAUUAAUUUGCUGGCGUUCAUUACAAGAAUAUGCAUGACUAAGACAGUUGCAGGACAAAAGCUACAAGAUCUUUAUAUAACAUGUAUAAGGGAAAUAUUUUGCCUACCUUUGCAGACUUAAUUUGAUUCUGAAGACCCUUUUUUUAAAAAAGAAAGCAGGAUUCCUUAAAAGUGAGGGAUGGGUUUUAGUCUGCAUGUAGAAGACAGAGCAUCUUGCCAUGGCAAAUCUCUUUGCUGUUUAAUUUUCUGGUGCCCCUUUUCUAGAUAUUCCUUUGCCCUGUGAAUAUUUUUUACUCAUGUUCCAAAAACCAGUCCUGAAGUGUUUUGUCAAAGGAAGGAUGUUUGGGGUUUGUUUUUUUUUUGGUAAGAUUUUUGUUUGUUUGUUUUUAUUUGGUCCCCGAAAAUAAAACCACUUUUUCUCCUUAAAAUGUCAAGUUGCUGUAAGGUUCAGACAAGCCGUUUAUUGAUUAUGAGCAUAAUUACAGUGUAUGAACUAACUUGUGAUGUCCUUGCUGUUGCUGAUCUCAGUGCUGCAAAACACAAAUUUAGCUGUCAUUUUGUUAAAGCAUCACUUUUAACCUUCACCAAGUCAACUUUCCAUUCCUGGAGAGGUGGCAGAGGACUGCAGUGCAGUCGUACAGCGUAGUUAAUAACCCGAACUCUUCUGCAACCUGUCAUCUUGGGUUGUUUAAAAAAAAAAAUCUGAAACUUGGGAUGGUAAAUGACGAUGAACUGAAUUCUUAGUUUUGUCUUGCAAGUUGAGAGGAAAGAAACACACAUGUACCAUCAGAUUCAGCAAUAAAGAAGGAUUGUUCUGUAUUAGAAACUGUACUGUAGAUAAACCAUUCAUGAGAAUGUAUAAAAAAUGUUUGUCUUGUGACCUUGUGCUUUUGAAGUCAGACAAAACCAUGUAAUCAAGCUGAUGCACAUGCACACUUAGAAA